CUAUCAAUCGCGCCAACGCCGACACCAUGAGCAAGGACCACCCAUACGACUGCGAGAUCGUGCUGACCUUCGGAUCGUCCGACGCGGCUGUACAUGCGUUGGCGACGCUUAACGUGGACGCAGAGAUCUCGCCCGACAAAAUCACCAAAGAAUUGCGAGUGCAGGGCAACCAACUCAUUGCGCAUUUCUGGGCCAACGAAAUCCGCAUGCUGCGCGCCGCGGCGUCGUCGUUCUACGACAUGGCGUUGGUUGUCACCCGCGUCCUGCUCGAAUUUGACGACUUGGAAGGACUGUAAUACGCAAAAGACCAAUAUUCGUACAUCUUGACCAAUACUACA